GGAAGAUACGGAGGUGAAUAAGGGCGGUUUAUUUGCCAUAUGUGCUUAUGAUGGCAAAGCAUUGUAAAAAGAAAUUCGAGAGUGGAAGAUAUGGAGGUGAAGAAGGGCAGUUUAUUUGCCAUAUGUGCUUAUGAUGGCAAAGUAGUGUAUAAGGAAAUCGUGAGGUCUACGGAAGAGUUCAGUGAAACGUAUUGCAUUGGGAAAGGAGGUUGUGGAAGUGUUUACAAAGCACAGCUUCCAUCAGGCGAGGUAGUAGCUGUAAAGAGACUUCAUAACAUACCUAAUGUGGCAAAGGAUAAAAGUUUCUUGAAUGAGAUCAGGGCCUUGACAGAAAUCAAGCAUCGAAACAUUGUGAAACUCUUUGGCUUCUGCUCAAAUGCUCAGCAUUCUGUUUUGGUUUAUGAGUACCUCGAAAGAGGAAGCUUGGCCAAUAUCUUGAGCAUAGAAGAAGAAGCUAAGGAACUAGACUGGCAAAAGAGGUUGAAUAUCGUCAAAGGCGUCGCUCAUGCUUUAUCUUACAUGCAUCAUGAUUGUUCACCACCAAUUGUACACCGAGACAUAUCAAGCAACAACAUUUUGCUUGAUCCAGAAUGUGAGGCUCAUGUUUCAGAUUUUGGCACUUCCAAGUUUCUCAGAAGAGACUCAUCUAACUGGAGUUCUCUUGCAGGCACAUAUGGAUAUGUUGCACCGGAAUUUGCCUACACAAUGAAAGUUAACGAGAAGUGUGAUGUUUAUAGCUUUGGGGUCCUGGCAAUGGAAGUAAUCAAAGGAAAGCAUCCUGGUGACUUGAUUGCUAAUCUAUUGUCUUCAAAGCUUGAAGAGAUAGAGCUAAAAGACUUGUUAGACCAAAGACUUCUGUAUCCCAAUCAAGAAAUUGAAAAGAAUCUGAUAUCCAUUCUCAAACUAGCAAGAGAAUGUCUACAUGUUGAUCCUCAAUGUAGGCCAACAAUGCUCAUUCUUUCCAGGUUGAUAUCUACAUGUUGAUCCUCAAUGUACUAUCAGCAGCAGAUGAUAUGAUGCAGAGUAUGUAUUCUGUGUAAAAAUAAACUCUGCCUAGCGAAUAGAGUUUAUGGAUUUGAUACAAAAACUAGUAUA